AAAAGCGCGUGCCAUUGUUUAAAGCACCGUUAAAUCCUCCAACGCCACCACCACCACCUUCGAUUCACAUCACUACCAUCUCUCAUUUUCCUCUGACCCGAUAAGAUCAAACAACAAUGGCGUCCGAGACCGACAAUUCCAGACCCGGAUCCACAACCAACGGCGAAGCCGUUCCACAGCGCAAAGUAGCGCUGAUUACCGGGAUUACCGGGCAGGACGGUUCGUAUCUUACGGAGUUUUUGCUGGACAAGGGGUACGAGGUGCACGGGCUCAUCCGGCGGUCCUCCAACUUCAACACCCAGCGCAUCAACCACAUCUACAUCGACCCACACAACGCGCAUAAGGCCCGCAUGAAACUCCACUAUGCGGACCUCACCGACGCAUCCUCGCUCCGCCGCUGGUUCGACACGAUCCGCCCCGACGAGGUCUACAACCUCGCCGCCCAGUCCCACGUGGCCGUCUCCUUCGAGAUCCCCGAUUACACCGCCGACGUGGUCGCCACUGGGGCCCUCCGCCUCCUCGAGGCCGUCCGGUCCCACAUCGCCGCCACGGAUCGGACCCACAUCAAGUACUACCAGGCCGGGUCGUCCGAGAUGUUCGGAUCGACACCGCCUCCCCAGUCCGAAACGACGCCGUUCCACCCCCGUUCCCCUUACGCCGCCUCCAAGUGCGCGGCUCAUUGGUACACCGUGAAUUACCGGGAGGCCUACGGGCUGUUCGCGUGCAAUGGGAUACUAUUCAACCACGAGUCGCCGAGGCGAGGCGAGAAUUUCGUGACCCGGAAGAUCACGCGGGCAGUGGGUCGGAUCAAGAUCGGACUUCAGAGCAAGCUUUUCCUUGGUAAUUUGCAGGCCUCGAGGGACUGGGGUUUCGCUGGGGACUACGUGGAGGCGAUGUGGAUGAUGCUGCAGCAGGAUGCGCCGGACGACUACGUGGUGGCCACGGAGGAGUCGCACACGGUGGAGGAGUUCCUGGAGGUGGCUUUCGGGUACGUGGGGCUCAGCUGGAGGGACCACGUGGUGAUCGACAAGCGGUACUUCAGGCCCGCCGAGGUGGACAAUUUGAAAGGGGACUCCAGCAAGGCCAAGAAGGUGCUUGGUUGGAAGCCCAAGGUCGGGUUCGAGCAGUUGGUGAAGAUGAUGGUUGACGAGGACGUUGAGUUGGCCAAGAGGGAGAAGGUGCUCGUGGAUGCUGGGUACAUGGAUGCCCAGCAACAACCCUAAUCAUGGGGCUCUCAUUUUUUGGUUCAGAUCUCAAUCUACUAGGCUUUUGGGUUAUAAUGUGCUUUUUUUUUUCAAAGAGCUCAAUAGUAUUUGAUUCGGUAAUUUAUAUGGUUAUGUUGUUUUAAGCUAUUGUUAAUUUGUUAAGUUAAUAAAGUUAUGCAUUGUUUGAUUUUCUGUAA